AUGCCGCCACUGAGCGAGAUAGCGUCGAUGGUCGCUGGACAGAUAUUCACGACAGUGCCUGUUCCUGCUGCAGACUUCUCCGGCAAGACGAUCAUCGUCACAGGAGCUAACAGUGGGUUGGGUUUGGAGGCUUGCAAGCACCUCGUCCGCCUCAACGUCUUCCACCUCAUCCUCGCCUGCCGCGACUUAGACAAAGCCGCCGUUGCUAAAGAACAAAUCCUCGCCUCCCUCCCACCAGACCACCCCAACACCACGACCAUCUCCAUCCACCACCUCGACCUCUCCUCCUUCUCCUCCGUCACAGCCUUCGCCACGGACUGCAUCACCACCCUCCCCCGCCUCGACGCCCUCAUCGCCAACGCCGGCAUCGAAGUAAAACACUUCAGCCUCGCAGAAGGCUACGAACAAACCCUAACCGUCAACGUCCUGUCCACGUUCCUCCUCGGCCUCCUCCUCCUCCUGCCGAAACUCCAACAGACUGGCGAAGAGCACAACACGGAGACGUACUUCAGCGUCGUCGGGUCCGCGAUCCAGAUCUUCGCACCCUACAACCAACUCUCACAGCCCAAUCUCUUCGCCGCACUGAGCGACGAGAGCAAAGCAGACAUGCUCAACCGCUACUACCUCUCCAAACUCCUCUGCACCCUCUGCGUGCAAGCCGUUGCCCGCCGAACCCAACACCUCAACCACGUCAUCAUCAACUGCGUCAGCCCGGGCUUCUGCGACACGGGUCUCUACUCUCAUUUCUCGCCGCCGCUGUAUACGAGGGUUCUGUUGAGGGUUAUUGGGAGUUCGGCGGAGGAGGGGAGUCGGUGUUUGGUUUGGGGCGUUUUGGGCGGGAGGGGGAGUCAUGGGGGGUUUAUGAGUGAGGGGGUUGUGAAGGAGGGAGGGAAGUGGAUGGGGAGUGAAGAGGGGGUGAAGGUUAGGGAGAGGGUUUGGAGGGAGGUUGUGGGUGUUUUGGAGGGGGUUAGGCCGGGUGUUGGGGAGGGUUUGGGGAAGUAG